UUUAGUGAGCGCGAACCUUAUAACAUUUACGUUCACAGCGUAGAUAAGUAUGUAUAUCAAAAUAGAGAUUAGGUUAGAUUAAGAAGAUUAUUAGUGUGGACUUUAUAUCAGUAAUUGCGUAAAAUAUUAGUCUUCUUCAGUUUUUAGUAGCAGUUACGCUGAAUGGCGCGUCUCAACAUUUGAGUGUUGCUUUUUGAAUGAUGUUUAGCUUUAAUUAACGGACUUUGGAAUGAGUGAGUAAAAUAGUUACUCCAAAAUUAACCAGCAUAGGCAGUCCACAUAAGAUGUAGCCUAGCUGCUGUAAUAAAUGAAUAGGCCCUUGGUUUAAAGAGCAGAGCUGUAAAGGGGCGGAACUGAACCGAGCGCUGCUCCUGACAGCGGCUCUCUUCUACACCGACUUGCACUCUGAUCGAGGAGAAACACGCCGACAUCGAUCAUGCGGGAAAUCACGAAUUUGCCUUUCCAAAUAUCCGAGGUAUGAGCCAUUGCACCAUCCCUGAGCGUCGGCAGAAGCCUGAGAAGGACGCAAGGGUGUGCACUGUGUUCUAAGAACAAGCAAGUGGAUAUCCAUACAUCGAAGAACGACAAGCAACGACGUGAAUUAUGUCUUACUAUAACCGAGAACUGGUGGUAUUUUUCAUUAAAUAUAAACUCUCGCAGAGGAACUACCCUUGCAACCACAUUGGACUUACAGAAGACACAAAUCGGACUGAUGGGGCCGAAGAGAAUGGUGAGGGGGCGGCAGGAACGACGACCCUUGUUAACGGCUCCAUGAACAGAACCCCACCACGAUCCCCCACUUCAUCCCCACAGCAUCAGACAAACGGGACUGGGGGUCUCGACGCGGUGAAGGAGGCGCUUCGCGAUUCUGCCAACGAGUUUGAGCUGCGUUAUUCCCGAGCGUUCAACGACCUCUCCUCACAGCUCCACAUCACACCCGCCACAGCGUACCAGAGCUUCGAGAGUGUGAUGGAUGAGGUGUUCCGCGACGGCGUCAACUGGGGCCGCAUCGUGGGACUGUUUGCCUUCGGAGGGGCUCUGUGCGUCGAGUGCGUGGAGAAGGAGAUGAGCCCACUAGUGGGACGCAUUGCAGAAUGGAUGACCGUCUACCUGGACAACCACAUUCAGCCCUGGAUCCAGAGCCAAGGAGGAUGGGAGCGAUUCGCGGAGAUCUUUGGAAAAGAUGCAGCAGCAGAGAGCAGAAAGUCGCAAGAAAGCUUCAAGAAGUGGUUGCUGGCGGGAAUGACCUUGCUCACAGGUGUCGUGGUCGGGUCACUCAUUGCACAGAAACGCCUGUGAGGAUCAGAAUAACUGAAGAUCCAAAUACACCUACUGCUUCAUUUAGACCUCCAGCUAAAAUGAAGGAACUUCAAAAAUACUUGUUUUGGAUUUAUUUGUUUCACUUUUAUUGCCAAGAAAUUUCAUGUUUACAUCCCCCGUCCCACCGUGUACUGUUGACUGAGUGGAGUGCAUCUGUGAUGUGACAUCACAUGACCCAGACUGCAUGAGGGUGCUUUGGUUUUAGCAGACUCAGAAAAGGCAGCGCCACGUAUCCUUACACCCUGUUCAACGAAAUGAGAAAAAUGACUAAAACAGUCAAGAGAAAGAGUUUCAAAUCUUGUUUCUUUGUCUGUAAUUUUUUUUUUCAGCUCUAUCAUCAAUCUUUUUAAGUAUCCUUAUUAUUCUCUCAUUUUCAAAGAGAUUUGCAAACCUGACUAGGAUACAAACAUUUUAUCUUUAAAUCUAAUUUAAGCUCAUUUGUAAUUCUUCAGUUAACCGAACGAUAAAGAAGUUGAAUCUGAACUGAAUUUAAAUGUAUUCAGUCUGUAAAUCAGCACUGACAUUUCUGGGGAAUGUUAUUCCUGUCUGGAGUGCUCGAGAGCAGAGGUAUCUCACUACACUUGAGCGCCUGCUUCCUCUGCAAUCUCUCUACAAUUAUAGAAAAACGUGGAGAACAGAUAAAAUAUGUCUGUGAGAGUUUUUAUGUUGUUGUUUUUUCCCCGUUAUUGUUCUGUUUCUUUUCACAUGUGAAUUUGAUGAGCGUUAAAUGUGCGAGGUGACUGGCAGGUUUGAAAUCCUCUAAAGCAUCUAAAUUGUCUAAAGGACCAACAGUUAUGAUACGGCCAACAGUUUGAGUGAAUGUUCUGUAUGUUUGGUGCCGUUUGAUUUAUUAAACCUUAUUAAACCUAAGUUUCAGCUUCAGAUGUGGUAUCACGUAACUCUUUAUACCUUUGAGAUUGUUGUAACUAGAGCUAGAAGAGACACAGGAACAUAAGGAGUGAGUAAAUCACUCCUUUUGUAUCUGUGACUACACUUAACUGUGUUUUAUACACAGAAAAUGUAACACUUUAAGCUGAAAGUAAUUAGAUUAAACCAUAUUGCCACAAGAGUGCUUGGUGUCUUGUAUGGUCUUUGGAGUGAGGAUGCAACCAGUUCAGAUGUAACCAAAUGGCCUAGCAUUUGUAACAAGCUAAUAGUCAUUGAGUUUUUGUUUUAUUUGGAAUCUGAGGUAUGAAAUUACAUAUGCAGUGGGGAGUUUUUUUCAGUAAGCAAAAGUUAGUUUGACUAUGCUAAUCUCAAUUCUGGUCUUUUAACAUUCACCUUUCCAAGUGUAGAUGUUAUUUCCACAGAUAUUAGAGCAUUCAUAGAUUUGUUGGGUUGGGUCUUACCGUGUAAUGGUUCACAAUGUUUUGAACCAUGGCUGACAGACAUACAUUGGGUCAGAUAACAUGGUGCUGCCAUGGAAAAACAAACAAAAAACAUAGUAUUUGACUAAACUCAUUCUUUUUAACUGUUAAAGAGUAAAUGUAUGCUUUGUUGUUGUUGUUUUUUUUAUUAUUAUUAUUAUUGUAAUUCAUGAGCAAACCUUAGAAUAGUUGGGAUAAUUUCUAACCUGCUCCGUCUUCUCACAGCUCCUGAUUCCUGUCGAAUCUCAUUUUAAACUCUUUCCUGUCAGAGACGUUAAGCGCGAGUGUCAAUCCGCGCGCGCACCUGCUGCUUUAAGCUUGGCUGGUGUCAAACUCUUUAAAGCGCGCGGAGAUGUGGAGAAAUGAUCUUUAGGCUUCAAACCAGCAGUUAUUCAAAUGGACGUCAAGUUGAAUAUUCCUCGCCUUUUACGACUAGUAAUGAUUGACGAGCGGGGUAAUUCAAACAGAAGUGAUGAGAGCUGUGGUACUACAGGUGUGUCAAGCCUUCAACCCCGCUUGGAGAUCACGUGGGAAAGCUGAAAUCGUUUGGUGCGUCAAUCAAGAUACCAAUCCUAAACGUUAUGUCCUCUGAGAACUAACCUAGAAAAGAUAUUUCUCCGCGGGAAGUUAACAUUUAAGCAGGUAUGAGAAAAGAUUUAUUCUUCCCGAUUGACUCCCAGAGGAACUAAAUGAAUGAAUUUUUCCUCGAGGAAUUUGUUUCUAAAAUCGACAUAAUAUUUUUUGUCAACGAUUAAUCAGUGCUCAUUAAUCCAAAGAGGGAAUAAUGGUCAUUUGCUCAUUAUUCAAUCCUUCUCUUUUAAUAAAGACAGCUUUUCAGAAAUGGCCAAUUGCCUUAUUAUUUACAAGAACUCAAUGAUGAUAAUGUACAAUAACAUACAAGGCUACAGGCUAAGGCGGCUACGUUGGAAAAUUGUUACAAUCUGAAUUUGGUAUUAUGUUGAGUUUAAAAUGUAAAGGUUUCGUUUGGCAAAAGUAGAUCCAGUAAGCCACCUUUAAACUCCUAAAUUGCGAAUAAACUGUUUAAAUAACGAUGUAAACAUUUAUAGUUGGCGAGUCUUAGCAGAUUGAAAUUGCCGACAUUUACACCUUUUGCUGCUCUAUAGACACUGAUUUCACAGGAUACAUUCCGUGUUAUGAAAUUUGCUGCUUGCAUGCUUAGUCUAUGUUUGUCUGUCAUGUCACUGUGUGUGUGUGUGUGUGUGUGUGCGCGCGUGCGUGUCCGCGCUGUGUGGUUACAGAGUUUGACAGUAUGCUUAAGAGUGAAAUGUACCAGCAUUGGCACGACACUAUGUAAACUAGUUAACUUAAAUAACAAUUAGACUAGCUCAUCAUAGAUUAGUGAAAAUAUUUAAGGCGUUUGUUGACUUGAAAUUAUUUAUAUUUUUCGUGUUAACGCAUAUUGUUCCUUCCUAUGGCCUUAAACUCCAUUUCUUUUGAAGUGUAUUUGUUGCUCAUUGUGUUUGUAUUUAGCCAACCUAACCUUCAACAUGGGGACAAAAAUGAAAACUAUUUUUUUAAGGUUUUGGGUUUAUUUAAACAGCUUCAGCCCUGAAUUAAUUGUUUUAUGUCUUUUAUGUCUUUUUUUAAAUGUCUGAUAUCAUUUAAAUUAAAUAAAGACCCAUUUGAAUUCACAAGA